AUGGUGUUGCUCCCUACGUCUCCCUCAUCGCCUACUCAUACCUUCUCGAUAGAAGGUGAAAUCUCUUUCAAAAAGAUUUGCGAGAUGGUCGAGAGCCGCUCAGAAGACCAGAGAUAUGAAGCCCAAGUCGAAAUCAUGCAGUGGCUAGUGAAACUGCGAGUUGAAAGCACCGAAUCAAUCUCUCAAUGGUACUCAUACGCCUUAGAGAGUGAAGAUUGGAAAAAUUCAACAAGCAAGGAAGGAUUUGAUGUGGAAUGUGAAAGAGCUGCGAAACUUCAUGACAAAAAUCGCGAGAACCUAGCCUAUGCUGAGUCGAUUCGUCAGCGAGCCAUGGUCAGAUGGGGAACAGAGUGUGCAAAUGUCCUGUUUACCAGAAUUACUACCAGAUCACUGGCGGAGCAAGUCAGCAAGAUUCUGGGCAAAGACAUCGCCUACACCGACCUAAUCUCAGGUUUGAAUCGAGAAGUUUGCGACAGGCUAGGUCGCCCAGGCCGUGGACAUCGAAGACAGAAAUUCAUGCUCCAGGAAGAUCUCGCCAGGGCAGCAAAUCAGCUACGCCCUAGCAGCCCCUCCUGA